UUCUUCUUGCUUGUCUUAGUACCACAAAUUAUUCCCCUCCUUCACAGCUCUGCCUCGCUCUAUGGCCCUCGAGAAAGAUCGAAUUUGGGAAGGCUCACAAGCUUGUCCACUUUACGGUGGAGAGGCAUCGAUUCAAAGGCUUAAUCCUCCUUCACUUGGCUGUAUGAUGAUCGGAGAAGGAGAAGGCUCCGAUUUCCACGGGAGCAGUUGGAGCAGUCUUCUUCCUUUCUUAUCGGACCCUAAAAACUCGUUUAGCAGUACAUACACCCUUGAGGCAGUGGAUGCGCUACCGCAAGAAGCUCUCUCCAUCCUUGACUGCAAUGCUACAACAUCCGAACACUGGGCCUACUCCAACGCUUCGGUGCUUUGCUUCGAGAAAGGAGGUCGUAUGCCUCGUGCUGGUCCUCCGAGCCUGGAUCAUGACGACGAUUGUGCUGCUUGGAUCGACGCCAUGGACCAAAAUUGUCAGCUGAGCGACCUUGAUAUCAAGUGUCCAACUGCUGAUUCCACGUUGAUUCACGAGCAAGAUUGCUUCGCUGUAGAAAACUGGUGCGCUGUAGUAGGAACUCCUGAGAAAGAUAAGCGGCAAUGUCAGGAUCGGUUUGGGUUGAUAUACCCUGGUGCAGCUGCUGUGGAUGGCCUUCGAGAAAGCAUUGGCCGAGCGACAGUCCUACAAAAGCGCCCGUACACGGAUGCAUCUGACAGGCCGAGUCCGAAGAAGCAGUGCCGUGGCAACACUGGAACGACCAAAGACAAGUCUAGUCCAUCCAAGGAUCCUCAGAGCACCGCAGCAAAGAAUCGGCGGGAACGGAUCAGCGAGCGGCUCAAGAUUCUACAGGAUCUUGUUCCUAAUGGCACAAAGGUUGAUCUGGUGACCAUGCUCGAGAAAGCAAUUAGCUACGUGAAGUUCCUUCAGUUGCAAGUGAAGGUGUUGGCAACCGAUGAGUUCUGGCCAGCACAAGGAGUAAAAGCCCCGGACGUUGGCAAAGUGAAGGAAGCUCUUGAUGCCAUCUUAUCCUCUCAUAGAGAUGGAAGCUCCAGUUCUAAGAAUGCAAUUAGAACCUUUGAAUCUGCAUGCUGAGGAGAAGGCAAGGGCCGUCUUUUUUGACACUUGCCUUCGUUGAGAUGCAAUGGUCACUGAACUAAACCGCAGCAACCCCAGUUUUGAAUUUUGAACAUGUCAGGAGUAUAUUGGAUGUUCUUUUUGUUUUCUUGUUUCUGGAGAACACCCAGUGAUCUUAAUUUGUUGGGUUUAACCUGUUCUA